AUGAAAACAAUCAUCUUAUUCUCACUUGCACUCGUAUUCGCAGCCAAUGCAGCUCCCGCUCCUGCUCCAGUGCUCGAUGUUCAUGGAAAAUACCUCCGAACCGGGGCCAUAUACUACGUUAUGCCAGUGUUUUCGGACUAUGAACAUGGCGGACUUUUUCCAGUGAACUACACAUCUGCCGUUGCACAACGCCGAGACUACCAUCAAGGCCUACCGUUGACUUUCAGCCCGGUCAACCCCAAGAAAGGCGUGAUCCGUCUUUCCACAGAUGUUAACAUAAAGUUUUUAGAAACCACCGGAUGGGACAUCGAGUCAAACGUAUGGAAGGUGAAAUAUGAUAAAGCCUUGAAGCAAUAUGCUGUGAUGGUGGGGGGUGUUGAGGGAAACCCGGGACCAGAAACAGUGGAUAACUGGUUUAAGAUUGAGAAAACUAAUAACGGGUAUAAGUUCGUUUUUUGCCCGAGUGUUUGCAGCUACUGUAAGGUUAUGUGCAAGGAUGUUGGAACCGUUCUAGACAAAGAUGGUUGGCUACGUUUGGUACUAAGCGAUGAUCCUAUGUCUUUCCUCUUCUGGACUCUGGAUUACUAACUAGUUUCACCAAUCUUAUUUAUUCCAAACGCGCUCCAAUAAUUUAGUUAUGUAAUUCGCAACCUUAAUUUGUUUUAUGUAUGAAACAAUAUGCAAUAAAAGUUCUUGACAGUUGC